ACCACCACCACCAUCACCACCAUCAACACCCCUAUCGAGACCAGACAGGGGCAUACAGGCAGUGCAGAGGCGGCUGUAGACUACCUCUCUGCGUCGGCAAGGACCUCGAGAUCGUCAGAGUGACAAACCAUGUCCUCUUCCUCCUCUUCCUUUGCGUCUGGCAGCGCACGACAGACGGACGAUGGCCUGAGCACCCAGGCCGACGCAGGGGGCAGCAAUCACCUUUCGCCACUCUCAUCGAGAGCUCCUCUUCAUCUCAAUAUCCCUGCAACGUCAGCAGGAUCGACUACGACCAUGUCCAUUCCCUCAGCAGCGCCCAGGAUGCCAGUAUCGCCGCCUACACCAGCCCCUUCCCCUAGGCCACGGCCUCGUAAUCAGCCUUCCAGAUCAUACGACGCCAACGAGAGCAUGAGCACAGACGAUGAUGCUGACGAUCCCCUCGACGAGAGCAACCUCGAUCUCGCGGCUUCGUCAUCUACAUCCAAUGGAGUACUCACCUCUCCUCAGGUUGCUUCCUCCUCUUCAGCUUGGAUCAUGGACCCACAGGCCCUCACCAGAGCGGCUACCCUACUCCUCCCCACUCUACCUUCAUCGUCACGUCUUACAAUCGUAUCAGACCUUUUGAUGCUUCUGAGCCCAGCUGAGCUGGCUCAGAUUGCCGCACUCGUCAGCUCCAAGCUCAGGGUAGACUUCCUUUCGGCGCUCCCAAUAGAAGUCAGCCUCCACGUGCUCUCCUACAUAGAAGACCCCCUCACCCUCGCCCGCGCUGGUCAGGUCAGCCGAUUCUGGCGCAGUCUGGUCAAUGAUGAGCAUACUUGGGAGGCUAUGUGCUCAAAAUAUAGAUACCGUUAUCGUAAGCCGUCCACUGCCAUUUCAGCCGUGGCUGCUGCUGCCGGUAGUAGGGAGAGGAGCGGUACCCCUACUUCGGGGACGGAUCUGCUCGCCUCUUUGUAUAGACGCUACAGGCAAAGAGGUCUCGAUCCUUCCAAUGCAAGAGACGAGCUCAGAGCUCUGCAUGACCUGUUUCUCGCCAAGCAGCAAGAGCAAGAGCAAAGUAGUAGUGGAGGUUCGGGCAGACCUGGAAGCUCCAGACGUCCCGGCGCGACGGCACCCUCAAUACCCUCAAUGUCCAGCGCUGACCUCCGCUUCUAUGAGCAAUUGGAGCAGAUCGUACAAGAGGAGAGCAGAGAAAGGUAUGGCGACGGAGGCCCUUCUAGUCCUGCGGCCAGCCUGUCCACAGGCAGAGCUUAUGAGACAGACUCUGGCGCAUCCCGUAUGGGUUGGCUAUCUGCUGGACCAGCUGCGACGCGCUUCCCUCGCACUCCUCGUGCAUCUGUACAAUCCAGACUCCCCGCCCUGAACACUGGUCCUCCCGAAUUGGCUUUCGAGCGGACUUCCGCUCCGUCGACGACCAACGCUGCACCAGCGCUCAGUGGACCGUUUUCAAGCUGGACAGGGGGACUGGGACUACCUUGGGGUCUGAGCGAGCUGAUUCAUCUUCCUUCUUCUCUCACGGGAGGACCGCCUCCUGCCACAGCUGCGAUCUCAGCUCGGCAGCCUGCCAUCCCUCCCCCGCAUGCUGCUGGCGGAGCUUCUCGGCUGGCCACUACCGCCGGCAGAAGGACAGCUUCCGAUCAGUGGAACCGCCGAGAGGUUUCAGUGCCUCGUUCCACAGAUGCGGUCGGCCUCGGUCAGCCGCCUACCUCUACUUCCAGACCAGCUAUGCGAGCGGCUACGUACGCAGCCAGCAGCUCCGCCAUCGAUCCUGGCUCUGCACCUGGCUCUUUCAGCUACAAAGCUCACUUCAAGCGCAACUACCUCACCGAAUCAAAUUGGCAUCGCGGUGGAAGACUGCUUACGAACCACGUAUCGAACGGGGGUGACCCAACUUGCACGUGCAUCGCAAUGGAUGAGAGGUAUCUCAUUAUCGGCAUGGCUAAUGGCAAUAUCCAUAUCUUCGACUCCCGGAGUGGGCUCUACGAAAGAAGCAUCAGAGGGAGACCCGAGAAUGGUGUGUGGUGUAUCGUUCUCGUCAGCAAGACGAAGGGCGUUAGGAAGGAUGCAGGGAACGCAGAAGAGGCAGCGGCUGGAAAGGGGAAGGGCAAAGACGAUAGCGAGGGAGCAACACCGCCGUACACCGCAAGGCAGGACGCCGAAGGUCGAACUACCCACAUCACAACUCAUGACGACCUCACCUUGGUCAAGCACGAUGUCAGAUUGACAGAGGAACUCGAGGCCCUGAAGCACGGGCAGAACACCAAGAGGAAGAGGGGAGGGCAGGGGCGAGGCAGCGCAAAGUCGAAUACUACAGGGAAGACAGGUCAGGCGUCCGGAAGCAAUGGUGAUGAGACUAGCGAUGAUCAGACCCUGCACUGGUUCCACCAAGCCCGCAAGGCUCUUCAGCAGGGAUCUACUACGUCGUCUACUGAGGCCGCUCGAGGUACAACAGAGAGCAUCCGCCACUCUCGCGAGCGAUCAACGAGUGACGCUACAGACGACCCUGACAUGAUCGGCGGCUAUCCUCGCGACCUCGUGGAGGCGGGGCCUGCCUUCAUCAGGGACUCGAUGCAAGCUCAGGCUCGUCGCUCAGGCUCCGGGGUCUCUGCCGCGGACCGUCAGCGAUGGGAAAUCGCAGUGCAGGAAAUGGAAAGAGACAUUACUCGUGUCAGGGAGGAGCACGGAAUUACUGGUCAGAGGCGCAUUCCUCGACCUGGUCCGCGUGCCAAGGGCAAGAAGCGAGCUGAUGAAGAUGUUGAGAUGGGAGAGGAGGCCGGCUCGUCGAGUCAGCCCGCGACUCAGUCUACGUCAGAUAUGGACGAUGAUGCUAUGGAGGAAGAUGGUGAAAACGCUGCAGAAGACGACGACGACGACGACGCUGACUCCUCGGCUUCCUCAGGCGAAGAGUACCAAGGCUUCUCCAUGGGCAUCGGUGGUACAGCCAACGGUCUUGGCACUCUCUGCGGCGCCACACGAGGUUUCGGCAACUCCUCUGCUCUGCUUGUCUCAGGCGGCUGCGAUCGCGAAGUGAAGGUCUGGGAUGUGGCGACAGGCAAGCUGAAGUUCACAAUGCAGGGCCACGCCUCGACGGUGCGUUGCUUGCGUGUUCUAGACGGACGACCCAUUGCCAUUUCUGGAGGAAGAGAUUCGACGGUGCGCGUCUGGGACAUCUCCACUGGUAAAUGUCUCCGUGUCCUUGCCGGGCACCAGAACUCGGUGAGAUGUCUCGAAGUGGCGGGCAAUAGAGUCGCAACAGGCAGCUACGACUGUACCUGUCGAAUCUGGAAUGUGGACACUGGAGAGUGUCUUCACGUGCUUCGCGGUCACUACAACCAGAUCUACUGCGUCGGCUUCGACGGUAACAAGGUCGCCACAGGCAGUCUCGAUUCGACUGUCCGAAUCUGGAGUGCUGAGAGUGGAGAGCCUCUAGCACUCCUGCAAGGCCACACAGCUCUAGUAGGCGUUCUACAACUCUCCAACAAUCUCCUCAUCUCCGGUGGGUCAGAUGGACGAAUCAUUGCCUACUCCCUCUCGGACCUCUCCCUCCUCUAUGCCAUUUGCGCCCAUGACAAUUCCGUCUCCUCUCUUCAAUUCGACGAACAUUUUAUCCUCACCGGAGGAAAUGACGGUACGGUUCGUCUAUGGAAUUUGGCCGAUGGAAGUUUCAUUAGAGAACUCGUCAGACCAGGAGAUUCGAUUUGGAAAUUGGGAUUUAGAGAGGAUAGAGUAGUCGUGGUUUGUAAAGAGGCGGAUGCGAGUUUGAGUAUGGAAGUGUUGGAUUUCAGACCUGUAGAGGGAGUGGGAGAGGUGCAGGGCUAGGAACAGGAGAGAUAGAUUGAGGGAGCGAGCGAGCACGUUUGGUCAUACCACCAGAAUGUAUAUCCUCGCUCACGCAGCAGCUCUGUGUUUCACUGGCAUUGAGCCGACGUCAGAAUUCUAGAUGCAGUAGCAUUGAAGGUAAUGAAUAAAGAAAAGAAAGGUGGAGC